AUGGCUGCAGCUUUUCUUGUCGUGCGAAACGGCAGUAGGCGGAUUUACAUGCCGCGGCGUGAUUUCUUAGAAGAGCAGACAGAGAGGGGAGUACUGAGGAGGUACAGGCUGUCGAAGAGGGGCAUCAGGAUGCUGACGGAGAAGAUUGAAGGCCAGCUGCGGCGUAAAACAGCAAGGUCCCAAGCACUCUCCCCCACCACACAAAUUCUUGCCUGCCUUGGCGUGCUUGCGACCGGUAGUUUUCAGGCGGUGAUUGGCGACAGCCUAGGGAUCUCUGCUGCAUCUGUGUCCCGUUCAGUCCACAAUGUGGUGGGAGCCAUCUUAGAGAGCAGAGACCCUACCCUCACCAUCAGAUUCCCCACAACACAAGCCGAGGUCAGAGUCGUGAAGGGUGGCUUUCACCUCAUCGACGGAUUCCCAAAUGUCAUUGGGGCGAUAGACGGAACAUUAGUUCCAAUAGCAGCGCCACAUAGAGAUGAAAAUUUAUAUGUUUGA